CUCUCUCCCCCCCCCUAUAUUUUGUUUGACUCUCCUUAUCUUUCCCUUUCACCCUAUAAAGAGAGAGUGUUAAAGCCAUGCAAAAAGUAUUUCAAAGGCCUAGAGCAGCCAUCUCUCUCUCCAGAGGCUUUCUUUUAUACAACCCUAAUUGCUUUUGGAUCAAGAGAAGAGAACCCAUAUAGAAUUCUUUUGGCUUUUCUGUUGAGAAAGUUAUGGAGAGUGAAAAGAGGAGCAUGGGUGGUUCUGGUGGAGCUCAAGUGAACUCAAGAUGGAACCCAACAAAGGAGCAGAUAAGCAUGCUCGAGAGCUUGUACAAGCAAGGUAUAAGGACGCCAUCUGCUGAGCAGAUACAGCAAAUAACGAGCAGACUCAAAGAUUAUGGUCGUAUCGAAGGCAAGAAUGUGUUUUACUGGUUUCAAAAUCACAAGGCAAGACAAAGGCAGAAGCAGAAACAAGAGAGCAUGGCUUAUAUCAAUCACUAUCUUCACAAGGCUUAUCAGCCUGUGUUUGCAACUCGUUGCCCAAAUGUUAUUUGUGGCUCAUACUACCUUCCACAGAGCGAUUCAGGGUUUUAUCCCCAGUGUCCGAAGGUGCUACUCCCCAGUGGCUUCAAGAGGAGGCCAAGGAGUGAAAAGAUUGACAAGGCAAAAGCCUGCACUUUUACUAAUUGGAAACAGGGAAGUAUCAACGGCAAGUGCUUUAGCAAUAAUCAAGAAACGCUGCCUCUCUUCCCUUUGCACCCAACAGGCAUUUUACAAGAAAAAGAUGAGACUGUGUGUUCUCUUGGUUCAUCAAUUACUUAUGUUGAUGAUAAUUCCAUAGCCAAUUCUACUCCAAUCUCCUCUGAGACAACUACUGGCGUUGAAGAUGGUUCUAGUGACAAACUCUUAGAUUUCUUCACUGGACAAGGUCCUUCCUUGUUAUAGUGAUUAAAUUUUCUCUUAACUUCUGUUGACAUGGUAUAACUUUAUAUUUUGUAUCGAUCAUGCAUUAGCUUUUGAUUGAAAACCUAUGUUCAGCUAACUUUUUCCAAAUCUUUAUGCGAGAAAAGCAAAUGCUUGUUUUUGUUUUUUAAUUUUCACAA